AUGAAAUGGUCUAUGGAAAGGUGCUGGAAGAAACCUACCUUAAAUGGAUCCAGUACCGAGAGGAGUGUAGACAAAUGAUUCAAGAUGAGCCCUUUCCUCAAGGCCUUUUCUGCAACAGGACAUUUGACCGAUAUGCCUGCUGGCCUGAUGGGACACCAGGGGCUUUGAUCAACGUGUCCUGUCCCUCCUACCUGCCUUGGUUUGACAAGGUGUCUCACGGUGUGGUGCUUCGCCAGUGUGGUCUUAACGGACGCUGGGUGCUGAUUGAGGACGGACAGGUUUGGAGAGACAUGUCCCAAUGCGAGGACGAGCCGGAUGUCACGUCUUACGAGCUGUGGUUCAAGCAGUUGAUGGUGAGCUUCAAAACUCUCUACACAGUGGGCUACACCCUGUCUCUCUGCACCCUGAUCUCAGCUCUUAUCAUUCUCCUGGGAAUAAGGAAACUACACUGCACCAGGAACUACAUCCACGCCAAUCUGUUUGUGUCUUUCAUCUUGCGAGCUGUGUCAGUUAUCGUCAAGGAUACGAUGCUGGAGCGUCACUGGGGCCGAGAGAUCAUGAGGCAGACGGACUUGGGAGAGAUGCUAAGUCACCAGGCUGCAAUUGGCUGCCGGUUAGCCCAGGUACUGAUGCAGUACUGUGUUCUGGCCAAUCAUUAUUGGUUUUUUGGAGAAGCCAUCUACUUGUAUUCCGUGCUGAUUGCCUCAGUCUUCAUAGACCACAACAAGUACCUCCCAUACAUCUGCCUUGGUUGGGGGACUCCUUUAUUAUUUGUCAUACCUUGGAUGUUGGCUAAACUGUUGAAAGAGAACAAUGAAUGCUGGGCUGUUAAUGAGAACAUGAACUACUGGUGGAUAAUUCGUUUUCCCAUCCUGUUUGCUUCCUUGAUCAAUUUUAUGAUAUUCAUGAAGAUUGUGAAGGUUAUACUCUCCAAACUGCGUGCCAGCAACCAGAAUGGCUACCCUGAUUACAAGUUCCGGCUGGCCAAGGCUACCUUGACACUCAUCCCUCUGUUUGGUAUACAUGAAGUCAUCUUCAUCUUCGCUACUGAUGAACAAACCACUGAUACUCUGCGCUACAUCAAAGUGUUUUUCACGCUGUUUCUCAACUCAUUUCAGGGCUUUUUGGUGGCUGUGCUUUACUGUUACUCAAACAAAGAGGUAAAGACAGAGCUGCGAAAUAAACUGCGUAACUGGAGGAUGGAUGUGGAGACCAUGUGCUGUAGACAGUGACUAACCGGAACGGAAUCUCGAGUCGAGCCCUUCUCCAUCGCAACCGCCCGAGUGGAUAACGUGUCUUCGGCCACGCCGACUCGAGCCAUGUCGGAUGAUUCACUGGCUCCACAUUCGCAAACUGUCAGGCAGCUACCUCUGAUGAUCUCCCAUGCGCCACGGACCUCUCUACCACACUGCCCCCCUGAGGCAAACCACGACAACGUGCCAGAGUCCUUUCGCAAUGAGGCUACAGGGUCAACUCUGUCAAUGCAGGUGUCCUUUCUGGUUCACCUGAGAGACCCUGUGGAGCUCCCUCCAAACGUUGUAGAUGUAGAUUCUGAUUAAGUGAUGUUCUACUUGUGUUGGCCUACUUAUGUUG